AUGUAAAAACAAGGUAGUUUAGAAGAUUACAGUUAAUUGAAGAAUUUUUUGGAUCAAACAUUGCUGCAGUUAGGACUUGUUUCUGCAAGAUCUAAAAAUACUAUGAGUUUAUUUUUGUAGAUGUCGAAAUUAAACGAAGCUGUUCGUUUUCUAGAUAAGAUUAAAGACGAAGAUAGAUUGGUGGUACAAUAAUUUUAUCGCGUAUUCAGAGGCUUGUUGAAGAGCUAUGAGAAUAAUGGGAUUAUGUCUGAAGUAGGUCUGGUUAGUGGUUUCGAAAAUCUUUCAGACGAAUACAUUGUAGAAAUAAAGGAAAAACUAUUUAAAAUGACAUAAGGUUUAACGGGCUUAUGUAAUAGUAUUGUUAAUAACACUUCGGUACACUUGAUGUGGUAUUUUAUAUCACCAGAUUAAGAAGACUAAUAAGAAAUGAAUUCUAUUGUUGAAUACUUAUCAAAAACCUAUUAAAAAAAGGGUUUAGUAAAAACUUAUUUAGAUCAGGAAAUAUUCCUCAAAGAAAUGAGAGAAUAUGGGUUGAAACAAAACCCAAUAAUUGCAUUCAUCUCAUGCAACAAUUAUAAUAAAUAAAAUGAACAAAUUAUAGAUUGUAUAUUCAAUAUAUAGAGCCUUAUACAAGACCACAAGGAUAUUAAGCUUUAAGGAUUGAUUUUACAAGUUGAUAGUGAAGAAUCAUUUAAUUAACUUAAAAUAUUUACUUAAGAUAUUUCUAUUAAACAUGAAGUAACUUAUGAUUAUUUUGAAAUCUACAACGAAGUCUUUAAGUUUAUGAAUCCCCAAGAAUUUAGAAGAGUAAUACCUUGCGAUGACAUCAACUUGUACUAUCACACGAUCAAAGAAAAGUUCUUUAAAUUGCAUAUUGAUGACUUUUCAAAAAUAAGCAUGUUUGAUUUUGAGCCUGAAAGAAUAAAUCUGUAGAAUAAAUUAGAAUAAGCAAUAGAUAUUAUGAAAAAAAGAGAUAUUAAAGUAGACAAGUUCAUUUUAGCUCCAAAUAUGGCAUAGAAAUUAACUAAUGAGAUCUCAAAACAGUACUAAUAAUCAAAUAAAUCUGAGUAAAAAAUUUGUGAGGGCAUUCUUAAACUCUAUACUAUGGAAUCUGUAGGUUUUUAUAAAUUCAUAAAUGGAUGCCUAAACACAUUAAAUGAAGAUGUUGUAAUUCUAAUUUGGGAUUUGGUUAUGAUGCUAAGAGUUGCUUUAUAAAAAUAUGACGACACUCCUUACACAAAAAUACAAAUUCAAAAUGCAGUUGCUCCCAAGCUAUUCAGAGGAAUAAACCUAUCUCAAGACUACUUCAACAGAAUCAUAAAAGUGGGAAAAAUAAUAUGUCUAGCUUCAUUUAGCUCUUUUACUCUAUCUUAAGAUGUAGCAUUAUAGUUCAUCCUCCAAGAUGAAAACUUUAGUAAAGACAGAGCUUCUAUUAUAUUUGAAUACGAGCAUAAAAUUAGUACACAUAACUAUCCUCAGAGACCAAAAUCUGUAUCUUAAUUAAGUGCUUAUAGUAAAGAACAAGAGUAUCUCCUACCACCCAGCUAUAUGUUCAAAAUAUAUAAAAUAGAUGAACCAAAUAAUGAUUUCUAGUUCUAUAAGGUUUAUUUAACUCAAGGUAAUCAAACUUCAUUUUAGUAAAAUUGA